AAAUUCUAUAUCUAUUCAUUUUCAAUUCUUAUUAUUAUAUAAUAAUAUAAUGUAUGGUUGGAAUCAUAAAUCACUGACACAAAACAAUUCAAGACAAAACACCCAAAACCCAUCUUUUUCUUCAAGUCUUCUUGAUGAAAUUUAUUGUUCAAUGGAUGUCGGUGUUGAAAAAUCCGGUGAGUCUAAGCUCCGGGAAGAUAAUGUUACAAAGAAAAAAAGCCACGUGAGUGGAGGGGGUGGUAGAGGAAGAGGAAGUAGUGCGGUGGAAGAUGAAGGAAUAGCGAGUCUCCGGCGAGCUUUUUUGGUUCAAAAAUGGUUGGAGAUGAUAGCGAAUGCAAAGAACUUGACACAUAGAAAAAGGUCAUCAUCGUUACCGGAUUCUGAUAGAAAAUCGGUAAUUGAUAAUGACCCGUUUUUCUUUGGUUCUGUCUUGAGCCCAUGUGAUACGAGCUCUGACUCAUUUGGUUUCUACGAGUCUAGGCCGCAGAAACCUUCUUGUUUUGGCCCUUUCAAGCCAAAACAUGUAAAAGAUAAUAAAAAACAUGAUCAACAUUUAGAGUUUGGUGGUUAUUGUUCAGAAAAUAACCAAACUAGAGUUGAUCAUGGGGGUUUAAUUAAGUCAAAAGCUCGAGCAUUGAAGAUAUAUGCAAACUUGAAGAAGGUAAGGCAACCAAUUUCACCAGGAGGCCGGCUAACAACAUUUCUUAACUCUCUUUUUACAAAUGGGCAUCAUAUCAAUAAGAAACCGAGAGAUUUGAAUAAUGACAAAAAGAUCGAAACAAUAUCAAAAUCGACACAUGGGUCUACUUGUUCUUCGGCUUCUUCAUUUACAAGAUCAUGUUUAAGUAAAAAUUCUCCACGAACAAGGGAAAAGCUAAACAAUGGGAUCCGAAGGACGGUUAGAUUUUACCCCAUUAGUGUAAUCAUUGAUGAAGAUUGUCGUCCAUGUGGUGAAAAAAUUAUUUGUGAUGAAAAGGAUCUUAUGAAGGUCCAUGUAACGUCGAUGACUCAAAACUUUGAUGACCAAGAGGAAGAAGAUGAUUAUAAUGACGAUGAUACGACAAGUGAUACAAGCUCAGACUUAUUUGAGCUUGAUCACUUGUCUAUUCUUCAGGAAUGUGAAGAACUUCCUGUUUAUGGAACGACCCAUUUUCACACGAAUUGUGCAAUUGCUAACGGGUUAAUUUGCUAGAUUUUAUUGAAGGUUCAUGUUAUUACAUCACAUUAUUCAUUUUCAUUUUCGAUAUGUUAAUAACUUUGACAAGUUUAUUACGUAUAAAAGUGCAACUAU